AUGGAGCAAAUAUUAUAUAAUCAAAGUUUCAAAAUUCCCACUAUUUCCACUUUUCAAGGAUUGACUUUUCUAAGAGUUCUCAUUCUUUCUAUUUUCCAACAGCUGCUUUUUAACCCAAUCAUACAGUUACUUGAAACAAGAGCUCCAAUAAUCGAAUCCGAUUUAGCUGCCUUGUUCAGAAAUGAUUGGAGCAAACAACAACAUUUUUUUAAUGUUAGCCAAGAUUCCGUAAACGUCACCAAGAACUUAUUCAUAUUGCUCUUUACCAUUUUCAGAUUAGCGGCAUAUCUUAUAUAUAAGCUUUCAGACCAAAAUUACCGGUUGUGGAAUUCCUUGGAUCUUCAGCACCUAAGAUGGAAUAGAAAGGGAAAUACAAACAAAAAGAGGACGCUUUCUAUUGGCAAAGCAUAUCUACCAAGAACGAAUAUACUGCCAAUCUCAGUGAGUAAUGUUUUGGGAAAUAGAUUUGUAGGCCUAUCAUCCGGCAAAUCCACGAAAUGCUUUCAGAAAGCGGAGUGUCUGAACAAUAACAAUAUUAAACGGUAUCCCGUGCCGGAAACUAAAGCGGCAAACACACUUUUAUGGCAGAGGCAACGCACGUAUUAG